AUGGAGAAAGUGCAGAGGAAAGUGCCCAAGAAGGAAAGAAAAAGGUGGAUGGAGGCGUGUCUGGACGAGGAGCUCCCGCCCACCACGGAGCUGGAGGAGGGGCUAAGGAACGGCGUUUACCUGGCCAAGCUCGGACACUUCUUUGCUCCUCAAACGGUUUCACUGAAGAAGAUCUACGACAGAGAGCAGGCGCGCUACACGGCGACAGGUCUUCACUUCAGACACACAGACAACGUGAUCCAGUGGCUCAACGCCAUGUCGGCCAAAGGGCUGCCCAAGAUUUUUUACCCAGAGACGACGGACAUCUACGACCGGAAGAACAUGCCGCGCUGCAUCUACUGCAUCCACGCCCUCAGUCUGUACCUGUUCAAACUGGGACUGGCCCCACAGAUCCAGGACCUGUACGGGAAAGUGGACUUCACCGAGGAGGAGAUCAACAACAUGAAGUCUGAGUUGGAGAAGUACGGGAUCCAGAUGCCGGCGUUCAGUAAGAUCGGAGGAAUCCUGGCAAACGAGCUGUCGGUGGACGAGGCCGCCCUACACGCCGCUGUCAUUGCCAUAAACGAGGCCGUAGACGCAGGUGACCCUCAGGGUACGUUUGUGGCACUGCAGAAUCCCAACGCCAUGUUACUCAAACUGGAGCCGGACUGUGCCGACGCCUACCAGGCCACGCUGUCCCAGGCCAAAGACCGGAAAGUCCAGAGCUCCAAGACCCGGCAGAUGGAAAACCCUGAUGCAGAACGAGACGUUUACGACGAGUUGCUGACGCAAGCGGAGAUUCAGGGCAACGUCAACCAAGUCAACACCUCCACAUACCUGCGUGGUGUAGAGGCCGCUCUCCUCGCGGGGGAUGAGGACCAGCUCCUGGAGGCGCUCCGGGCCCUGGGGCUGAAACACCUUGAGCCAAACAACAAGAGCUGGUACCUGAAGCAACUGCAAGGAGACCGGGAGGCCAAGGAGCAGGUGUCUCCAGGUAAAGCUCUAACCAAAGACGAGCUGCAGAACGGAGUCAACGCUGCCAACGAGUUCAGCGACGGAUACAACAAAAUGCUGGCCGCAGUCGCCCGGAUAAACACGGCGAUCAAAGAGGGCGUGGCGGCGCAGACGGUGGAGGAGCUGAUGAAUCCGGACGCCCAACUUCCAACGGUGUUUCCUGAAGCUGCAGAACUUUACCAGAGAGAACUGAGCAGUCUCCAGCAGCAGAGCCCUGAGGGGGCGCUGUCUCACCCCGAGCUCAUGGUGGCGGUGGAGAUGCUGUCUGCGGUGGUCCUCAUGAACUCAGCGUUGGACCGAGGAGAUAAAGCUGCUCUCUGGAACCUCCUGUCGAGUCUGGAGACCGGACUGAGCAACGUGGACCCAGAAAGUGCUCAGAGAUACAUGGAGGAGCUGCUACGCCUCAAAGCUGAAGCAGGAAGUGAUUUUCUGACGUGGAACGACAUCCAGGCGUGUAUCGACCAAGUCAACCAGACCGUGAGCGACGAGCACCUGAGGAUCGCUGCCAUUGGUCAGAUAAACGAGGCGCUGGACGAGGGGAACGCCAACAGGACGUUGGAAUCUCUGCAGAAUCCUUCGGCCAAACUGGAGAAUGUGGAUCCGGACCUGGCAGUGCACUACCAUGACGUCCUGCAAGGGGCGCGGCGAGAGAAGGCCCAUGGCUCACGCUGCUGCAGCCGCAUCAGCACACAGGGCUCGCGCUGCUGCAGCCGCAUUAGCACACAGGGCUCACGCUGCUGCAGCCGCAUCAGCACACAGGGCUCACGCUGCUGCAGCCGCAUCAGCACACAGGGCUCGCGCUGCUGCAGCCGCAUCAGCACACAGGGCUCACGCUGCUGCAGCCGCAUUAGCACACAGGGCUCACGCUGCUGCAGCCGCAUCAGCACACAGGGCUCACGCUGCUGCAGCCGCAUCAGCACACAGGGCUCGCGCUGCUGCAGCCGCAUCAGCACACAGGGCUCGCGCUGCUGCAGCCGCAUCAGCACACAGGGCUCGCGCUGCUGCAGCCGCAUCAGCACACAGGGCUCGCGCUGCUGCAGCCGCAUCAGCACACAGGGCUCGCGCUGCUGCAGCCGCAUCAGCACACAGGGCUCGCGCUGCUGCAGCCGCAUCAGCACACAGGGCUCGCGCUGCUGCAGCCGCAUCAGCACACAGGGCUCGCGCUGCUGCAGCCGCAUCAGCACACAGGGCUCACGCUGCUGCAGCCGCAUCAGCACACAGGGCUCACGCUGCUGCAGCCGCAUCAUCACACAGGGCUCACGCUGCUGCAGUCGCAUCAUCACACAGGGCUCGCGCUGCUGCAGCCGCAUCAGCACACAGGGCUCACGCUGCUGCAGCCGCAUCAGCACACAGGGCUCACGCUGCUGCAGCCGCAUCAUCACACAGGGCUCACGCCAGCUCCUCUUCAUCUCUUUGUCUACUUCCCCUCAGGAAACCCAGGACCCCUCCGCUGUGCUGUGGUUGGAUGAGAUCCAGGAAGCAGUUUUGCGAGCCAAUCAGAACACAGCUGAUGCUCUACUUUUCUCUCAGUGUAUCCAGAACAUAAAUCGGGCCGUAGACCAGGGAGACCCGGGGCCCACACUGUCAGCUCUCAAGCAGCCGGGGGCCGGUCUGUACGGGGUCACCUCAGAGUGUGCAGAGGAGUACCAGAGGAGCCUGAAGGAGGCGAAGGAGGGGAGAGGAGGAGGAGGAGAAGGAGGAGGAGGAGAAGGAGGAGGAGGAGAAGGAGGAGAAGGAGGAGAUGGCAGUGAGUGGGUGCAGCACUGGGUGAAGGGCGGACAUCAUUACUUCUACAACCUGGUGUCAGGGCACGGUACCUGGGUCGAACCCGAGGGUUUCACUCCAAACACCUGUGAGCUGAGCAAAGACGACAUACAGGGGUGUGUCUCCGGUGUGACCUCGGCCUAUAACCGUGAGCAGCUGUGGGUGGCUAACGAGGCGUUGAUCGCCCGGCUACAGGCGCACUGCAGAGGGUUCCUGGUGCGGAGAGGCCUGAAGGAGAGAAAGGCCUUCAUGGAGAGCCAGGAACCAGCGGUCACCACCAUCCAGGCUCAUUGGAAAGGAUAUAAACAGAGAAAGAACUACAAGGACCGAAAGCAGUAUCUGAAGGAGCACGGCGACCAGGCAGUCAAGAUCCAGUCAUUGGUCCGGAUGCAGCAGGCUCGUAAGAAGUACAAAGAUCGACUGAAGUACUUCAAAGACCACAUCGAUGACGUUGUAAAAAUCCAGGCAUUUAUCCGAGCAAAUAAGGCACGCGACGACUACAAGACUUUAAUAAACGCUGGAGAUCCUCCUAUGGCUGUGGUCCGGAAGUUCGUCCACCUCUUGGACCAGAGCGACCAGGACUUCCAGGAGGAGCUGGAGCUGAUGAUGCUCAGGGAGGAGGUGGUCACCAACAUUCGCUCCAACCAGAGUCUGGAGAAAGACCUGAACGUCAUGGACAUUAAGAUCGGCCUCUUGGUGAAGAACAAGAUCACCCUCCAGGACGUGGUGUCGCACUCCAAACGCCUCACCAAGAAGAACCACAACCGCCUGUCCACCAUGAUGCUCCAGACCGGGACCAGGGGGGGUCUGAAGGCCCUGAGCAAGGACAAGAGAGCCAAGCUGGAGGCCUACCAGCACCUGUUUUACCUGCUCCAGACGAACCCGACGUAUCUGGCCAAGCUGAUCUUCCAGAUGCCUCAGAACAAAUCCACAAAGUUCAUGGACUCCGUUAUCUUCACGCUGUACAACUACGCGUCCAAUCAGAGAGAAGAAUACUUACUGCUGCGGCUGUUCAAGACGGCUCUGCAGGAGGAGAUCAAGUCUAAAGUGGACCAGCUGAAGGAGGUUGUCACGGGAAACCCUACGGUCAUCAAGAUGGUGGUCAGUUUUCACCGUGGCGCCCGCGGUCAGAAUGCGCUGCGGCAGAUCCUCGCUCCAGUUGUCAAGGAAACCAUAGACGACAAAACUCUGAACAUUAAAACAGAUCCUGUCGACAUCUACAAGAGCUGGGUAAACCACAUGGAGACGCAGACCGGAGAGGCCAGUAAUCUUCCGUAUGACGUGACCCCAGAGCAGGCCAUGUCCCAUGAGGAGGUCCGAACACGUCUGGAGACUUCGCUCAAGAACAUGAAGAACCUCACGGACAAGUUCCUGUCGGCGAUCACCUCCUCCGUGGACAAGAUCCCGUACGGGAUGCGCUUCAUCUCCAAGAUCCUGAAAGACUCUCUGCAGGAAAAGUUUCCAGACGCCACCGAAGACGAGCUCCUGAAGAUUGUGGGGAACCUCCUGUAUUAUCGCUACAUGAACCCUGCGGUCGUAGCGCCCGAUGCCUUCGACAUCCUGGAGGUGCCAGGCGGCGGACUGACCACGGAGCAGCGGCGGAACCUUGGCUCAGUUGCUAAGAUGCUGCAGCACGCCGCGGCGAGCAAACUGUUCUACGGCGACAACGGACACCUCACGCCAAUCAACGAGUAUCUUAGCAACGCCUACAGCAAGUACAGGCGUUUCUUCCUGGCCGCCUGUGACGUCCCGUCUCUGGAGGAAAAGUUUAAUGUGGACCAGUACUCGGACCUGGUGACGGUCAACAAACCAGUGAUCUACAUCUCUAUAGGAGAAGUGGUCAACACACACACACUGCUCCUGGACCACGCUGACGCCAUCGCCCCCGAGCAGAACGACCCGCUGCACGAGCUGCUUGAAGACCUGGGAGAGGUGCCCACAGUAGAGACCCUGCUCGGAGAGAAGCCUCUCUCCCCGGAGGAUCCAGCUCGUGAUCUGCUCUCCAAGACUGAAGUGUCUCUGACUCUGACCAACAAGUUUGACCUGAGUGCAGAGGAGAGCUCAGAGAGAGAUGCCAAGACCGUACUGCUCAACACCAAGAGGCUCAUUGUGGACGUGAUCCGGUUCCAGCCUGGAGAGACUCUGACUGAGAUCCUGGACGCCACUGCGUCCCCUGAGCAGGAGGCAGAGUAUCAGCGAGCCAUGCAGCGACGCGCCCAGAGAGAUGCCCGGACCCAGACUCAGUCCAGACCAGACAUGGACCUGGACUUGGACUCACUGAGUCUCCAGGGAAAAAAGGACAAAAUCCGUCACAACCUACAGCUGCUGAGUGAGAUGGGCCGAGUGAGUCCUCAAGACCGGUACCAGGGUCUGAUCAACGACAUAGCCAAGGACAUCAGGGACCAGCGGAGGUACCGGCAGCGGAGGAAGGCGGAGCUGGUGCGGCUGCAGCAGACCAACGCGGCUCUGAACCAGAAGACCAAGUUCUACCACGUCCAGAUCGACCAGUACGAGCAGUACAUCAGGACCUGUAUGGACAACCUGACCCAGGGCAGAGCGUCCAACACCAAAGCGAAGAAGAGCAAACAGGUGUCGCACAAGUACACCGCGUCUCGACUUCACGAGAAAGGAGUUCUCAUCUCAGUCGAGGACCUGCAGCCCAACCAGUUUAAGAAUGUGAUAUUUGAGAUCUGUCGCUCGGAGAAGGUCGGAGUGUUUGACGUCAAAGCAAAACUGUUGGGAGUUCAUCUGGAGACGGUCCAACUGGAGUACCAGGACCUCCUGCAGCUGCAGUACGAAGGCGUGGCUCUGAUGAAACUCUUCGAUCGAGCGACGAUAAACGUGAACCUGCUCAUCUUUCUGCUCAACAAGAAAUUCUACGGGAAAUAA